AUGCCGGACUACUCAACCUCUAACAAUCUCUACCUCGGAUUCGACCUAUCGACACAACAACUCAAAAUCAUUGUAACCAAUGAACACCUCCACGCACUAAACACCUACAAUGUCGAGUUUGACUCAGUUUACAAAGACAAAUACGGGAUACACAAGGGCGUCAUUUCGGGCAAAGAUGGGGAAAUCGUGAGUCCCGUAUUGAUGUGGCUAGAUGCAAUUGACCACUUGUUUGCCGAGAUGAAGAAUGAGAAAUUCCCAUUUGAAAAGGUUGUCGGUAUCAGUGGAAGCGGCCAGCAACACGGGUCCAUCUACUGGUCUCAUGAUGCAGACAAGCUCCUUGGCGAAUUGAACCCAGAACUUGACUUGAGUCAACAACUACCGGAAGCCUUGAGCUGGGAAAUGUCACCCAACUGGCAGGACCACUCAACAAUACCCGAGGCAAACGUGUUUCACGAUGUAGUGGGCAAGGAAAACUUGGCACGCAUUACAGGCUCCAGAGCCCACUUGAGAUUUACCGGCUUACAAAUUAGAAAAUUUGUAACUAGAUCACACGGGAAAGAAUACCAGCACACUGCAAGAAUAUCGCUCGUAAGUUCAUUUGUCACUAGUGUGCUAUUGGGCCAUAUAGCUGAACUAGAACAAAGUGACGCAUGUGGAAUGAACUUGUAUGAUAUCAACAAACAAGACUAUGAUGACGAGCUAUUGGCGAUUGCAGCCGGCGUCUCUACAAAAGCUGACGGCGUAGCCAAAUCCGAUCCCAAGUACCAAGAAUCGAUUGACGCAUUGAAACAAAAAUUAGGCCCUAUCAAGCCCAUUACUUACAAAGCAGCUGGUAAUAUAUCACCUUACUUUGUGUCCAAGUAUGGCUUUUCACAAGAUUGCAAAGUCUAUUCAUUUACAGGCGACAACUUGGCAACAAUUAUCUCGCUCCCAUUACAACCAAACGACUGUCUUGUUUCUUUGGGAACCUCAACAACGGUUUUGCUCAUUACGGAAAACUACCAACCAUCAUCACAAUACCAUUUAUUCAAACACCCCACGAUGCCCAACCACUAUAUGGGUAUGAUUUGCUAUUCCAAUGGCGCGUUGGCGAGAGAAAAAGCCAGAGACGAAAUCAAUAAAGCGCACAAAGUUGCAAACCCCAAAUCGUGGGACCAAUUCAACGCCAUUUUGGACAAGAGCCACUCGUUUAAUGGGAAAUUGGGCAUUUACUUCCCAAUAGGAGAAAUUGUACCACAAGCACCAGCACAAACAAUUAGAGCAGUGCUAGACAAAGGUGGCGAUAACAAUAACAAUAACAAUAACAAUAACAAUAACAACAAAAACAACAACAACAACACUAACCAUAAUGGUGAAUAUAAAGUAACCUCGUGUGAGUUGGAUACACACGAUUUUGUUAUUGACGAUGAUGCACUUGCUAUUGUCGAGAGUCAAACAUUGAGUUGUCGAUUGAGAGCAGGGCCGAUGCUAAGCAAAUCGGGAAAUAGUCAGACUACAAGUUCUGAAAACAAGGAGAUUUACCAAUCGGUGGUUGACAAGUUUGGAGAAUUGUAUACCGAUGGCAAGAAACAAACUGUUGAGUCAUUGACUUCAAGACCCAACAAGUGCUACUAUGUAGGCGGUGCUUCGAACAAUAUGAGCAUUAUCAAAAAGAUGUCGCAGAUAUUGGGUGCGGUUAACGGCAAUUUUAAAGUUGAGAUUCCAAAUGCAUGUGCACUUGGCGGUGCAUAUAAGGCUAGCUGGAGCCACGAGUGCGAAGUUGAAGAUAAGAUGAUCCCCUAUGAUCAAUACAUUGCCAAGUUGUUCAAGGUGAGUGAGGAAUUGGAGAGUUUUUCAGAUAAAGAUUUAUGGCACGAGUAUUUCGAAGGUGUUGGAAUGUUGGCUAGGAUGGAGAAUGACUUGUUGAAAGCCGAUUAG